AUGCGAAAGUUGGAACGGGACGACUUAGUAGUGAAGGUUGAUGGUCGGCAGCUACACCAUUUGCGCUUUGCUCAUGACAUCAUACUGAUAACCCCUAGUAUCAGUGAAGUGGAACGAAUGUUGACCGAAUUCGACGAAACAUGUGGAUGCAUCGGUCUUCGGCUGAAUUUGGAAAAGGCAGUGUUCAUGUGUAACGGAUGGGUCUCGGAUGCCCCAUUCACGCUCAACAGAACGAACAUAUCCGAAUGCACCAGAUAUGUUUAUCUGGGUCGGGAAUUGAACGUGAUGAAAGUCCUGACCCCCGAGCUGGGCAGGAGGAGACGAGCGGCUUGGGGAGCGUAUAAGAGCAUCGAGGAUGUAGUGAAAAAAACCAGGAACACACGGCUUCGUGCUCUCCUCUUCAACACCACCAUACUUCCUGCUUUGACCUAUGCUUCUGAAAGGAAACAUGGGCAUUUUGCAAGCAGGAAGAAAACGUGGAAAGCGUCAUUGAACGCAAUUGAGAGAGUGAUGCUAGGAGUGUCCCGUUUCACGCAACCAGCCGAAUCGGCGGCUUCUGGAGAGCAGCUGAUUGUAGACGUUCAGGCGUCUUUGGCGGUUGCCGUCGCUCAGUGCAUGUGGGAGCCACUGGCCGAGCUUUUUCAGCAUUCCGAGAGAUCGCAGUCCAUCGCUCACGCUCGGUCUGUGUGUGCAAAUCCACCGAGAGGGGAUGAUAAAAUACGCAAAGCCUUCUUUGAGGGACAUAACAAAAUCAGACAGGAGCUUGCCACUGGACUUAUGGACGAUGACGGUGGCGCUCUAACGGGAUCGACAAGCUUGUUUAUGUUGUCGUACAACUGCGAAUUGGAAAUACAGGCUCUAGUAGCUUCUAGCGCAUGUGAAUCUGAGAGCAACACGCCAGGUGACGUAGAGGGAAAAUCUGUUAACUAUGGAAUAGCACGUGGUAACAUUGCCGCUCCUUCUGAUGAUCAAGCUGUAGACGACAUAAAAGAAAUAUUGGAGAAAUGGAAGGAGACGCGUUACAAUGUCAAUUUCGACAAAACUACCGUUAUCUACGAGAGCGAAGAUGCUGCACCGUUUGCAAGAAUUGUUUACAACAAAUCGAUUUCGCUGGGAUGUGCGGUAUUUCAGUGUGGCCCGAAAAGAACUGCAUAUGCUUGCGCAUACAGUGCCAGCCCAGUCUUUGGAAAACCGCUUUACUGGCCCUCAACGAAAGGUGCCGGGUGUACGAAAGACACUGAAUGUAGAAAGGCAAUACCUGGUAAAAGUACCACGUGCGAUACUAAUCUAAACCUCUGUUUUGCGAAUUUGUUGACAUUAGAUGAUGACACUUCGACAACAGCAACAACUGAAAGCGAAACCACCGUAGAAUCUACUUCAGCAGAAACGUCGACUGCAGCUCAGACUUCGCAAUCCACUGCUGCAACUGAGACUUCGCAAUCCACUGCUGCAGCUCAGACUUCGCCAUCCACUGCUGCAGCUCAGACUUCGCAAUCCACUGCUGCAGCUCAGACUUCGCCAUCCACUGCUGCAGCUCAGACUUCGCAAUCCACGGCUACAGCUGCUGUCACGACACCGGCUGGUGCCAGUGGUGUGAUGACCGAGGAGUUGCGACAGAUGGUAGUCGAUACGCACAACACAGACAGAUCGUUGGUUGCUCAGGGGGCCGUCAGAAAUGGAAAACCAGGAAAUGCGAACCUUGGACCAGCUAUCGAUAUGUUACGGAUGAGAUACGACACAGCGCUGGAAACAGAAGCACAAGCCUACGCUAACACUUGUGCUCUCACAAAAUCUGAUGUAUCCACUCGCCCAGAUUCCGGUGAAAAUACUCAUGUUAUUCAGUCAUCGACAGUUACAGUAUCCGACGCAUUGACAAAAUCAAUGCAAACAUGGUGGAACCAAAUUUUAAGCAAUGGCGUGAAUGCCAAACUGCGGUACACAGCGACUCUAGAUGCAAAGUCUAAUGCUCCUCUUGGAUUCACUCAGAUGGCUUGGGCCGCCACGUACAAGGUUGGAUGUGGUGUUAGUCGUUGUUCCUCUUCCACCUUCGUAGUGUGCCGCUACAAUCCUCGUGGAAAUAUUAUCGGUCAGUACAUCUACAAUGUUGGCGCUAACUGCCGAACAUGUAUGACCUCAUGUACGGAAGCGCUUUGUGCAACACCGGCGUAG